AUGAAUAAGGAACUCGGGACUGUUGAUCUAAUCUACACAAUACGAGAACAGCUUGUGCCGGGACCGGCUGUGCUCUUUGUGCUCUACGAGCCUAUUGUCAAACAAACCGACCAAUGGAUCUAUACGAAGAAAGACUCGACAUGA